ACAUGUAUUUAUACGUGUUGAUUAUAUAUAUACGGUAAGACAAAUAGAGGUCGGGCAAAAACACGCAAGUCAUAGAAUUUGCUGAUUUUCGUAGCAGUUGCCUCGCGAAAGCAAAUCGAAAAGGACGUGAGUUAAUCAAAUUAACUAAAUAUCUAUAAUAAAGUGUGCAUUAAAUUAAAUGUACUUUAAAAUCUAGUUUUAUUAAUUUAAUUCCGUGAAAAUUUUCUGUGAGAAUAUAACUUAUUUUAUACAUUGUUAACCAGUCUUCAAAAUGAUUACAUUAAAGAGCACGUUCUUCAAGCAACUAUCGGAGCAAAGUUCCUAUGGAUAAUAACAACAUGAACAAUAAAUUAUUUCAGAGAUCGUGCUCCAAAACUAGAAAAAUUCCUCCACAGUACGCACAAUGUGUUGCAGCAGCAUCGUCACAUACUCCUACACACUUAAAAUCUAAACAUCUUUCCGCUGAAGUUAAAGAACGAACACUUAAGAGUAUUGAAAAGUGGAAGGACAAAAUGAAUAAAUCAUACGGUGCUGUGCCUAAAAACUUGGCAAAGAAAUAUCCCAAUGUACCAAAUGUACAUAAAACACAUACUAAAAUCAAGCAGCGAAAGAGUGUUGAAUUCGUUCUAGAGCCUCAAAGAUUGAAUCUUCAAUCGAAGAUAGACCGGAUUGAGCCCAAAAAAUAAAAAUGAAAAUGAAAAAGGCAAGACGAUAUAUUCUUGAGGAACUGUAAUUAAGCAUUUACCAAAUGAAUUUGUGCCAAUUCUGCAAGAUAAUAAUUUAUUAUAUCCGCAAUUUGAUAUGAAUUCGAAUAUUGCUGGAAAUGGUCAACCGAAUAACACAUUGAUUAGUUCUACAACUUCCGCAACACCCUUAGAUGGUCCUUCGAGCUUACCAUUAACUCCAACUAAGGAGCGUUAUGUGAAACGCGAAGUGACAUGCAAAUUAUCGACUGAUAUAGAAGCCUUCGAUGAUAUUCAUCCAUUUGAGUAUGCUUACUUUGACGACGUGCCGAACAUGGAACGCAAAAGGGAGGACAAUGCUCCCAAAUUGUCUUCUCAUUUUCUAAAAAGAGAUGUAAACACAAAUCAAAGAUAUAUCAUCGUAGGAUAUUUGAUUCGUCUUGGAGUGUGUUACGAAUACUCAUCCAAUAUCAUUUAUCAGACUGUCGAAUUAUUCGAUGUCACCAUUGACAGAAUUUCGGUAGAUACGAAUGAUAUCCAAUUAUUAGCCUUAACGUGUCUAUGGAUAACUCUCAAACGAGAAGUAACUAGUCAUAAAAUACCAUCGGCAACUACGGUACUGCAAUUGGCGGCGAAGAAUGUAUAUAUAAAUCGAGAGAAAGAUUUAUUAAUGUAUGAGAAGAAGAUUCUCUAUGCUGUUGAAUUCAACUUACGAUUCGGCGAUCCUUUCACUUUAUUUGCUAUUACUUAUUAGAUGCGGUACGAAGUGGCAUAUGUAAUAUUAAUUAAUCUGAAUAAUGUCCCACGCAUCUAUUUUUGUG